AUGGAGUGGCUUCCACUCCUGCUGCUUCUGACGCAGUGCUCAGGUGUCCUUGGGCAGCGCUCGUGGCUGAAUGACUUCCAGGUGCUUCGGGGUACAGAACUGCACCAUCUGCUACAUGCAGUGGAGCCUGGGGCUUGGCAGGAGGAUGUGGCAGAUGCUGAGGAGUGUGCGGGCCGCUGUGGGCCUCUUCUAGAUUGCCGGGCCUUCCACUAUAAUGUGAGUAGUCAUGGUUGCCAACUGCUGCCAUGGACCCAGUACUCAUCUCACACAAGACUACAGCGUUCUGGACGCUGUGAUCUCUUCCAGAAGAAAGACUAUGUGCGGACCUGCAUCAUGGACAAUGGGGUCAGGUAUCGCGGCACUGUGGCGACUACCGCAGACGGCCUGCCCUGCCAGCACUGGAGCCACAAGUUUCCGGUUGACCACAAGUACGUGCCCACACUCCGGAAUGGCCUGGAGGAGAACUUCUGCCGCAACCCUGAAGGGGAUGCGGGAGGUCCUUGGUGCUACACGACAGACCCUGCUGUGCGCUUCCAGAGCUGUGGAAUCAAGUCCUGCCGGGAGGCCGCUUGCGUUUGGUGCAAUGGCGAGGAUUACCGCGGCACAGUGGAUCGCACCGAGUCGGGACGCGAAUGUCAGCGCUGGGACCUGCAGCACCCACACCCGCACCCCUUCGAGCCGAGCAAGUUCCUCGACAAAAGUCUGGAAGACAACUAUUGCCGGAACCCAGACGGCUCCGAGAGGCCCUGGUGCUACACCACCGACCCGCUGAUGGAGCGAGAGUUCUGCGACCUCCCCAGCUGCGGGUCCAAUGCACAGCCUCGCCAGGAGGCGACGACAUUCAACUGCUUCCGCGGGAAGGGCGAAGGCUACCGGGGUACGGCCAAUACCACGGCCGCUGGCGUGCCCUGCCAGCGUUGGGAUGCACAGAGCCCGCAUCAGCACCGCUUUGCGCCGGAGAAAUACGAGUGCAAGGAUCUUCAGGAGAACUUCUGUCGGAACCCUGACGGCUCGGAGGCGCCCUGGUGCUUCACUUCACGGCCUGGCAUGCGCGUGGCCUUCUGCUACCAGAUCCGGCGCUGCGCCGACGACGUACGGCCAGAGGAAUGCUAUCACGGCGCGGGGGAGCAGUACCAAGGCUCGGUCAGCAAGACCCGCAAGGGAGUUCCGUGCCAGCGCUGGUCCGCGGAGAUGCCGCACAAGCCACAGUUCUCGCCCACCUUUGCCCUGCACGCGAAAUUGGAGGAAAACUACUGUCGGAACCCAGAUGGGGACCGCCACGGGCCCUGGUGCUACACUAUGGACCCGGGGAUCCCGUUCGACUACUGUGCACUGCUGCGCUGCGUCGAUGACAAGACGCCUUCCACCUUGGAGCCUCCAGACCAGGUGCUUUUUGAGGAGUGCGGCCUGAGGGUGGACCGGCCCAAUCAGUGGCACCACAAGCUGCGUGUGAUAGGGGGCCAGCCUGGAAACUCACCCUGGACAGUUAGUGUGCGCAACCGGCAGGGCCAGCAUUUCUGUGGAGGAUCCCUAGUGAAGGAGCAGUGGGUGCUGACUGCCCGGCAGUGCUUCUAUUCUUGCCACAUGCCUCUCCUGGGCUAUGAGGUGUGGUUGGGCAUGAUGUUCCUCAACCCGCAACCUGGGGAGCCAGACUUGCAACGCAUCCCAGUGGCCAGGAUGGUGUGUGGACCCUCAGACUCCCAGCUUGUCCUGCUCAAGCUGGAGAGACCUGUGACCCUGAACCAGCGUGUGGCCCUGAUCUGCCUGCCACCUGAGCGGUAUGUGGUGCCUCCAGGGACUAAAUGUGAGAUCGCAGGCUGGGGUGAAACCAAAGGUACAGGUAAUGACAUGGUCCUGAAUGUGGCCUCGCUUAGAGUCAUCUCCAACCAGGAGUGUAAUGUCAAACACCGAGGACGUGUACGGGAGAGUGAGCUGUGUACCGCAGGCCCGCUGAUCCCUGUGGGGGCAUGUGAAGGUGACUACGGGGGCCCGCUUGCCUGCCUUACUCAUGAUUGCUGGGUCCUGGAGGGAAUUAUAAUCCCCAACCGAGUGUGUGCAAGGCCCCGCUGGCCAGCCAUCUUUGUGCGUGUCUCCUUGUUUGUGGACUGGAUUCAAAAGGUCUUGCGGCUGGGCUAG